UUUGAUUUUUUUCCCUUCUUUUCUUUGGACUUGAGCAAAUGAGUACAGAAGCACCAGUUAAUGCUGGACAUAGAUUUGCAAAUGCUGCAGAAGAUUUUGAAGAAGAGGAAUCUUGGGAAAAAGCUGCCGAAGCACAUUUUAAGGCAGCAGAACAAUUUCAAAUUGCUUUGAAUGAUGUCAAAGAUGCCGAGACCGCAAAAACAUUACAGCUUCUUAUAGCAAAUCAUAAACGAAAGGCAAAUGAUUUGGAUCGAAAGAUACAGCGAAUGAAAAAUAUAACAACGCAAAAAGAUAAACAGCUGACUGCGCACCAUAACAAUAAUAUGAGAAUGAUGGGCUCAAGUGGAGGGCUUCGUAAUGCUUUACCAGAUAAGAGGGGUAAUAGCAACAGUAAUAAUAACAAACACAAUGGAUUGUUAGUAUCGAGGCUUGCAAACAGAAGUGAAUACCUAUCAUCCGAAGAUGGACUUCAGAGAGCAGAUGGAAUAGGAGAAUCCUAUGCGUUGUUGUCAAAUGAUGAUGAGAAUGACGAUCCGUUUAAUAAAUUCUUGGAAGUAGUCGAAGGUUUGGUUCAAAACCUCAUUAAUCCAGCAGUUGCAUUUGCCUCUGCUCCUCUCAAUGAAAAUGAUAUACCAGUCCCAAUUGUUACCCAGACACACUUGGAUCCAGAUAUUGAUCAUGAUUUGCAAUUGGACAAUAAUAAUAUGAUAGAAUCAUUCUAUAUUGUUCCUAAACCUAAAGAGUAUCAAGAACGACAGCAUUCUAUGAUCAAGGCUGGGAAAGAUGAUACCUUAAAAGAAAACGACGGUGAGAAAAAUAAAGAAUUCUAUCAACACGAAAAUGAAAAGCUUAGAAAACAGAUCGCAUUGCUUACGAAGCGUGUUAAAGCACUAGAAUUGGCAGCAGAAGAGGGAAACACGUUAAAGAGUAGUAUUAUUCAGUUUAGAAACGAUGUGCAUCGACAGGCUAAGCGAAUUAUGCAAUCUCACCAUGAGUCUUCCAUGCGAUUGUCAGCAGUCGCUCUUCCAAGUACAGGAGCCAGUUCGAUUAAUGUAAAUUCAAUACGACAUCCUGGACUGAUAGGAGGAGGAGGAAAUGAUUUAGUCAAUCGAUUAAGAGAACUUGAAGAAGAGAAUAGACAGUUGAAGAUUCAAAAUGAGAAACAGAAAAUGCUAGUCAGCAAAUAUAAAGAACGAUGGGAGAUGCUGAAAGAAAAUGCAAAGAAGCGGAGAGCCUCUACUGCUACUACGAUUGUUGAUAGUAUGAAUACAGAAGUGAACAACAGAGGAUAAAUAGACAAAACCGAUGACAUCAAUUGAUCAUUUUUACAUACUUAGUCAUUGUGCUUUUAUUAUCAUUGUAAAUGUAUAUAUAGUCACCAACAUAAGCAUACUUUAUAUUCACACCAUUUUACAAGCUAUCCCCUUUCUAUGCAUUUUUUUAUUAUUACAAGCAAAAAUUAUUGUUGCUACUCCCCAUUGAUUCAAUUUGUGGUCUGUGGGAAUAAGAUUACUUACGUGAAACAUUAUUCAAAUUAAAAAUGUUGAUACAACUUCACACACAUAGUUUCUUUUACAUUCAGAC